CAUCGGUUGUCGCAGACUUCAAAUCGCAUUAUGUCUGCCCAACUGGAGAGCAACAAUGCCAGUGAAAAUAAUAACAAUAGCGUCAAGGAUGUCAGACUCCUGCUGCUGCCAGAGACUUCUUCGGAUGGCAAUCCGGCGAGUGUCAUUUCCCGCUCCGAACUGCAAAAGAAAUUUAUUGAUGACCUGACACGAACGGUUGACGGGGGCCAUGUGCGGAGGAAGCGAGUGUGGCGGGUGCCCUGGUUUAUUUUGCUGAUGUGUUUUAUGCAGAUAUCACUGCACUGGAUAGCUAAUGAGUGCAUGAAAAGAAGACUGAUCUUCAAGUCGGAGUGGAUCGGCGAGUACUGGCGAUUACUGACCUAUAUGCUGCUACAUUCCGAUUAUUGGCACCUCACUCUCAACAUUUGCCUACAGUGCUUUAUAGGUAUCUGCCUGGAAGUGGAGCAGGGUCACUGUCGCCUGGCCGUGGUCUAUAUCGUGGGUGGCGCCGCCGGUUCGUUGGCCAACGCCUGGCUGCAGCCCCAUCUCCUCCUGAUGGGGGCCUCCGCCGGGGUCUACGCCAUGCUGGGGAGUCAUGUGCCGCACCUGGUUCUGAACUUUUCGCAGUUGUCGCACCGCUUUGCCCGCAUCGCCGCCCUGUGCAUUUUGUUCCUCAGCGAUGUGGGUUUCACAAUGCACCACUUUUGCCACAAUCACAAUCGCAAUCCGCGGAUCAGUCUGGAGGCCCAUAUUGGAGGGGGCGUGGCCGGAAUUCUGUGCGGUUUCAUCGCCUACCGACGCGUCCGUCCGUCAACUCAAAGAGCCGUUUACCUUUAGUCUCAAAUAAGGUCGUAAAUUGUAUAGUUUUAGUUUUAACAUAGUUUAUUAUAGUAAAUUAUGCUAAUAAGUGGACUUCACAAGAGCCACAGGUUUAUUUACUUACUAGUAUGCAUUUAUGUGUUUUUCGAAACAAGAAAAUAUCAAAACGUAUUUAAAAUACGAAAAAUAAAAGCAAUUAAUGUUAUUUGAUAAAUUAAUUAACAGUUCUUAAACAAUUUGGGCUGCCAUCAUACUGAUCUUGUAAUUGAAUAUAUUUAUAAACUAAUUUAUCUUGUUAUUAUUCUGACAAUCAAGCAAUCCUUAAUGGAAUAGUCAGCAAUUAUUCCGUUUAUAUUUUUUAUGGGCAGUCCCUAUUGUUUGGUCACAAAAUCCGUUGUUAACUUAUUAUUCUUUUUGAUGGUAAUGCAUACUUUCGGUGUUAUGAAUAAACAUUUAUUUUACACCUCAUAAAAGGGUGGGCAA